GGCUCCAAAUGACCAGCGGUUUUACUUUCAAGAUGGCGGCCGCCUAUCGCAAUUUUUCACAAACUCGAAGUUUCUUAAAAAUAUCGCGUCUUUUAUCCGUAACUCUACAACAGUCAAGAACUUUAGCACAUCUGAGAAGUUCUGCAGAGCUUACGGACACAAGGAAGUAUCAGGAUGACGUAUAUUUGUUAAAUUAUCGUCCUAAACCAACACACGAUUUCGUGGAAGCGUUGAAUGUGUUGAGGUCGUAUGCGAUCAGUAAUGCCGACGAGACGGUCGAACUCCAUUUGAAGAUAAAUAUGGGAGAGAAAAAGUACAAAAUUCAAGCAUUCAGAGGAACUGUGCUGAUGCCCAAGCCAUUUGGAAGCCAAAGAACAGUCCUGGUCUUUGCAGAGGGGGAUGAUGCCCAAAUGGCAAAAGAAGCUGGUGCUGACACUGUCGGGGGUGAGGAGUUAUUUGAGCAGGUUAAGGAAGGUACAUUGAGUUUCGAUCAAUGUCUUUCUACGCUGGACAUGCUUGACAAAGUAAAGCCUUUACAGAGAAUACUCAGACAGAAGAUGCCAACGACCCGGAGAGGCACUGCUACUGAUGAUAUUGUGACAGCAAUCCGCACUUAUAAACAAGGGCAUCCAUACAAAUGUGAUAAACAUGGGUACCUGAACGCUGGUAUUGGAAAGCUGAGCUUCGCAGAUGACGAAAUAAAGGUCAAUGCACAAGCAUUAAUCCAGACUGUAUACUCCCACAGAGUCUCAAGUAAAGGGAAAUUCAUCACAAGAGUCAUGCUGUCAUCUACACAUGGGCCAGGACUCCUUCUAAAUGCGAAAGACAUUGUCCCUUAAACCUAAUGGAAGGGUACGGUUUCAAAUAGCAUAUGAUGGAGUAUUAUUAUUGGGGAAUCAUGGCGAAAUGGAACAGUCAAGUAUUAAUCAUUGCUUUCCACAAUACAGAUAAAUCGUUUUAUAUUUGGUGGCAGUGGCAAUCUGUACAGUAGUGGCAGUACUACAGUAAUUAACUCCUUACUGUAGUUCCUUACUACAGUCAGUAGUUCCUUAGCAGAACAGAAAUGGCCAACUACAAAUGAAAAAAAAAGGACUUGAAUGGAUUUCUUUACUGCAAGUUGCCAGUAACGAUUCUUUCAAUAAUAAGGGCUUUAAUACAGAUUUUUAAAAUAACUAUUGCCAAAGUCUCAGAUUCUUCAGUUCUGACUUACACCUAGACACUUUCAUUUUUGCAUUCCUUGUCAUCGCCUGGUAAUGGUACAGAUUACACCAUCUCUUGGCCUUACUGUCAGCUGCUCCAAAAUUUGCUUGGUUUGACCAGGAACUAAUUUGAGCUUAAACUCCUGCAGUAAUCUGGCAAGAAGCAGCUUAGCUUCAAACUCUGCUAAUGUCUUUCCAAUGCAUGUGCGUGGACCUGUACAAAAUGGUAGGAAACUCGUGGUGGAGAUGGCAGACUUGUUUUUACUAGAAAAUCUUUCAGGAUCAAAUACCAAUGGAUUUUCCCAGAACUCCUCUAAGCAAUGUGUGAUUUGGUAUACCACGCUAACUGGGGUGUUGGCAGGAAUGUUGUAGCCGCCAAGAGUUUCUCUGAAGGGGAGGAUCCGUUGUGUUCCAGUGAUUGGGGGAUGUAGGCGAAGACCUUCCUUCAGGGUCAUUCCUACAUACUCUAACUUUCCAAGGUCUUGGUACUCAACAUACUGACGAGAGCCUAGGACGUCAUCUACUUCAUUGCAAAUCCUGUUAAGAAAUACUCAAUUGUCCAAGAUGAUUGACUGUAAUUAUAAUAAUGAUAAAAAUAAUAAUGGAGAAAUAAAAUAUGAAGGGAUAAAAGAAAAUGAAGAUUGUUGUUUCAACCAGGAAACUUUUCAUUUUUCAGACUAUUAAACAUGUGAGAUUGAAAUAUGAUAAAAAGUCAGGAAAUCAAAAGAUUGAGUACUACAAUAUAUGACUCUUUAACCUUCAAAUAAAACUUUGGAUUUGGGUAGACCCCAUACAACAA